AUGGCCCAACUUCCAUUUCUACUGGUCACUUCUGUCAUCGUUGCUCCAUCCCCGAGCCUUCUGCUCCAUGUCCAGAACCGUGCCCCUUUCUGCCCACCUGUGGCAGGUAGGUGGUACAAAUCUGUGCCGCAAGGAACCGGCUCGGCCCACAAGACUCGGUGUGCUCCUGUGGUGGCGCUGUUGUACCCCACUCAAUCAUUACUGCGGCUGCGCGGAAGGGACCGGAAAAACUAACGAGGCUAGGGACCGGAAGUGCGGGCAAAGGGCAGAGCUUGGGGCGGGCGAACCCACGAUUGGGUCGGGGUGGGUCGAGUCUCGGGGGUCGAGGUUCGCGGGUCAAAACCAAGGCAGGCGGGAGCAGGUGCAGCCAUGAGGCGGGACGUGCGCAUCCUGCUGCUGGGUGAGGCCCAGGUGGGGAAGACGUCGCUGAUCCUGUCACUGGUGGGCGAGGAAUUCCCGGAGGAGGUCCCGGCCCGUGCAGAGGAGAUUACCAUCCCCGCAGAUGUCACCCCAGAGAAGGUUCCCACCCACAUCGUGGACUACUCAGAAUCUGAGCAGACGGAUGAGGAGCUCCAGGAUGAGAUCCACAAGGCAAAUGUGGUAUGUGUGGUAUAUGAUGUAUCUGAGGAGGCCUCCAUUGAGAAGAUUCGAACCAAGUGGAUUCCGCUGGUGAAUGGCAGAACUGGAAGUGGACCCAGGUUGCCCAUCAUACUGGUGGGCAACAAGUCAGACCUGCGGCCAGGGAGCAGCAUGGAGGCUGUGCUGCCCAUCAUGAGCCAGUUUCCGGAGAUAGAGACCUGUGUGGAGUGUUCAGCGAAGCACCUGAGGAACAUCUCAGAGUUGUUCUACUAUGCCCAGAAGGCUGUUCUGCACCCUACAGCCCCCCUCUAUGACCCUGAGACAAAACAGCUGAGGCCAAAGUGUGCCCAGGCCCUCACGCGCAUCUUCAGGCUCUCGGAUCAGGACCUGGACAACUCUCUCAGUGAUGAGGAGCUCAAUGCUUUCCAGAAGUCCUGCUUUGGCCACCCUCUGGCCCCACAGGCCUUGGAGGAUGUGAAGAGGGUGGUCUGCAAGAAUGUGCCUGGUGGUGUGCAGGAUGAUCGGCUGACCCUGGAUGGCUUCCUCUUCUUGAACACACUCUUCAUCCAGCGUGGCCGGCAUGAGACCACAUGGGCCAUCCUACGGCGCUUUGGCUACAGUGACAUGCUGGAACUGACCACUGACUACCUCUUCCCAUCGCUCCAUGUGCCCCCUGGUUGUAGCACUGAGCUUAACCACCAUGGCUACCAGUUUGUGCAGCAAGUGUUUGAGAAGCAUGACCAGGACUGUGAUGGUGUCCUCUCACUGGACGAGCUGCAGAACCUUUUCAGUGUGUUCCCAGUGGCCCCUUGGGGCCCAGAGCUUCCGCACACUGUUCGCACUGACUCAGGCCGGCUGCCCCUGCGUGGGUACCUCUGCCAGUGGACCCUGGUGACCUACUUGGAUGUCCAGCACUGCCUUGAACACCUUGGCUACCUGGGCUACCCUACCUUGUGUGAGCAAGAGUCACAGGCUCAGGCCAUCACAGUCACCCGUGAGAAGAGGCUGGACCAGGAGAAGGGUCAAACACAGCGGAAUGUCCUUAUGUGCAAGGUGGUGGGGGCCCAAGGAGUGGGCAAGUCUUCCUUCCUGCAGGCCUUCCUUGGCCACAGCCUGGGGGAUACCAAGCCCUCCACCCAGGGGUCUCCUGUCUACGCCAUUGACACAGUACAGGUCAACGGGCAAGAGAAAUACCUGAUUCUGUGUGAAGUGGGCACAGACAGCCUGCUGGAUACCUCAUCUGAUGCUGCCUGUGAUGUCGCCUGCCUGAUGUUUGAUGGCAGUGAUCCCACAUCCUUUCUGUACUGUGCCAGCAUCUACAAGCGCCACUACAUGGACGGCCAGACCCCCUGCCUCUUCGUCUCCUCCAAGGCUGACCUGCCCAAAGGUGUUUCCCCACCAGGCCUGUCACCAGUGGAGUUUUGCCGCCGGCACCGUCUGCCCACCCCAGCCCUUUUCUCCUGUGAAGGCCCAGACCUGCCAAACACUGAUAUCUUCACCCGACUGGCUACCAUGGCUGCAUUCCCACAUCUGGCUCACAAAGAGCUGCACCCCACCUCCUUCUGGCUCCGGCGGAUGCUGAUAGCUGUUGGAACUGCUGUGGCAGCAGUUCUCAGCUUCUCACUCUACAGGGUCCUGGUGAAGAGUCGAUGAUGGCCCUGGAAACCCUGACCCAGCCUGGGGUGUCUUUUAGGAUCAGCAUGGCCCAUGUGGUGUGGGUUUGCAGCCCCACACUGCAGGAACUCUUAGGCAUUGGUGUGGGACCACUGCUUGGGGAGCAUCUGUCUGUCUAAACCUUUGCUUCUGAAAACAAGCUUCCCCAGGCUAGGCUUUGUUCUGCCAGGCCAUGACCUGGUUCCUGUUUGGCCUGAUGGUGGCCGGCAGGUGUACUGUCUGCUUGGCCUCACCCUUGUGGGUAUCUGGGAUUGGAAGAUUAGGUUUCAUGGACAAGGAAGUGGGUGACCAGACUCAGGGUUCUCAGAUCUCCCUGCCUUCUCCUUGGUCUGGGUGGUCAGUGGGUAUUCAGGGACCAAAGGAGGUGGCCAAAACAGGAAGUGACUAGUUUAAUUGUAGCUCCCACUGUUCUAGACAGUCAUAAGCCUUGCCCAUGGCCACAUCAGCAGUACAAGACAGCUUAAGUUUUCAAAUUAAACCUUUGUCUUCCACUUCA